AUGAGGUUCUGCGGCCUCAGCUUCCCCAGGAAGGAGGAGGAGCCGGAGCAGUACUUCAACAUCGCGGUUCUGAUCAUCGGCUUCAUGGCGUGGACGGCCGAGCCUAGACCCAAUCUCGGGCUCCAGAUGGUGAGGCAGUCUCUGGUCCCCAACCCCGAUCAAGGGCGACGCCACGAUGGUGUCGAUGUCUGGCCUCAUGGCCUGGAGCGGGGUCAUCAACUACCGCCUGCCCAUGGACGUGGGCUACAUCAAGCCCGGGACGGUGCUCAAGGACCAGCCCUGGUAGAAGCCGGCGAUCGAGGGGAUCGUCCUGAGCAGAGAGACGACCGGAACCGGGGACCCGUACGUGAUUGUGCAUGUGUCGUCGAACGGCCUCAUGCUGGGGGACAAGAUCGGGAACUCGCAGGGGGGAUGAAGAUGGUGGUCGGAGACGUGAUCGAGUACGACGACAUGAUCGAGAUAGUAGACGAGCACACGGGCAUCCCCUUCAAGCCGAACGUGAUCAUGUCCACGAAGAACCUCACGAGGGGGACCAGCCGUUCGGAUCCCUGGAGAAGCCCAAGGGCACCGGAGGGGUUGUCCCCGACCACCCACUUGAGGCUGUUCGGCUCCAUACUCGCCACCGCGUCUCGCAUCGAGUUCGCGUCCAAGUCCAUGAAGUGGGACUCGCACACGAGCAUAAUCCCGGGGCACGCCGCCAUUGUGAACAUGAAGCCCGCCGAGAUGUUGUCCCCCUCGGUCUCCGGGGUGUAG